GCCUUUCUGCACCCGGCGCUGCCGCGAGCGCAGGGCAGGGAGGCGGGCGAGCUCCCGCGUCCCGCGGGGGGCCCCCGGCCGCGGAGCCGGCUCCGGGCGUCCUCAUCCUCCUUCCCCGCCGGGGGACACCAUGGCCUGGCUGCUGGCCAGGGCUCGCUGCCGCCCCCCGGCUCUUUCCCGGGCUUCCUGGUGCCCCCGAGGGCCGGCGGCAGCCCGGGGCUGGAGCCGCGGGCCCCUGACGGCGUACAUGCCCGAAGCGGUGGCGUUCCCGGGGCCCAAGGACCACCGGGGCUUGUACAAGGUGUCGGUGGAGCAGGGGGACGCCUUCUGGGGAGCGCUGGGCAGGAGCCGGCUCACCUGGAUCACCCCCUUCCACGACGUGCAGGACUGCUGCCUGCGCCAGGGCCGUGCCGCCUGGUUCCUGGGAGGACAGCUCAACGUGGCCGUGAAUUGUCUGGACCGACAUGUCCAUGUAGCCCCAGAUAAAGUGGCCUUAAUCUGGGAGAAGGAUGAACCAGGGCAGGAGGUACAGAUCACUUACAGGGAGCUGCUGGAGUUGACAUGUCGCCUGGGAAACACCUUGAAGCGGCAUGGGGUGAAACGGGGUGACAGGGUCACCAUCUACAUGCCCCCGUGCCCACUGGCCGUGGCCAGCAUGUUAGCCUGUGCCCGGAUAGGGGCUGUGCAUGCUGUGGUGUUCGCUGGGUUCAGUGCAGAGGCCCUGGCGGACAGGAUCCAGGAUGCCCAGUCAGAGACAGUGAUCACAGUGAACCAGGGGCUGAGAGGUGGCAAGGUCAUUGAGCUAAAGAAGAUGGUGGACGAGGCUGUGAAGCAGUGCCCGGGAGUGAAACGUGUUCUGGUUUCAAUGAGGACUGACAGCAAGGUUCCCAUGACAGCCUUGGAUGUGCCACUGGAGGAGGAAAUGAUGAAAGAGGAUGUGUGUUGUGAGCCUGUCGCUAUGGACAGUGAAGACAUGUUGUUCCUUCUCUAUACGUCAGGCAGUACCGGCAAACCCAAGGGCCUGGUCCAUUCCCAAGCUGGUUACUUGCUCUAUGCUGCCCUCACACACAAGUAUGUGUUUGACUACCAACAUGGGGACGUCUUUGGUUGUGUGGCAGACAUUGGCUGGAUCACCGGGCACAGCUAUGUGGUCUACGGUCCCCUCUGCAAUGGUGGCACUACAGUCCUUUUUGAGAGCACUCCUGUCCAUCCCAACCCAGGACGCUAUUGGGAAACAGUAGAGAGGUUAAAAAUUAAUCAGUUCUACGGGGCGCCCACUGCUAUCCGCUUGCUCCUGAGAUAUGGUGAUGAAUGGGUGAAGAAAUAUGAUCGCUCUUCUCUCAAGGUUCUUGGCUCAGUGGGGGAACCUAUCAACAAGGAGGCGUGGGAGUGGUACUUCCAUGUGGUUGGCGAGGCACGGUGCCCGAUAGUGGACACAUGGUGGCAAACUGAAACGGGAGGCAUCUGCAUCUCACCCCGUCCUUCUAAUCCUGGAGAUGAGAUCCUUCCAGGCAUGGCCAUGAGACCCUUUUUUGGGAUCAACCCCUGCCUCCUGGACGAUAAGGGGAAUGUCCUUCUGGAAAACGAUAUCUCUGGAGCCCUCUGCAUCUCACAGGCCUGGCCAGGUAUGGCACGGACCAUUUACAAUGAUCACAAGAGAUUUGUGGAAACCUACCUGACUCCUUAUCCAGGGUUUUUCUUCACUGGAGAUGGUGUUUACCGUACCAGUGAGGGCUAUUACCAGCUGACCGGACGGCUGGAUGACAUCAUCAACAUCAGCGGGCACCGGCUGGGCACUGCAGAGGUGGAGGACGUUGUGAAUCACCACGCGGCAGUGGCAGAGUCUGCUGUGAUCGGCUACCCACAUGAGAUCAAGGGAGAAGGAGCCUACGUAUUUGUUGUGCUCAAGAAGGACAGCGGCUACACACAGGAGGCUCUUACUGCUGAGCUACGAGAGCUGAUCUCAAAGAAGAUUGCUAAGUAUGCAGCUCCAGAAUACAUUCAGGUCACACGCAGGCUGCCCAAGACACGCUCUGGGAAGAUUAUGCGUCGGGUGCUAAGGAAGAUUGUGGAGGACAAGGCCAGUGAACUUGGGGACCUAACUACCCUAGAUGACCAUGAAGCUGUGCAGCAGAUCAUAGAGGGACACAAGUGCCUAGUGCAGGGGCAGAGGAGCUGCUAGCUUGGCUCUCCCUGCAGCCACCUUCUCUCCCUUCCCUGCCAAAUUGGGGCCAGGCCUAGAAACGUCACUGGGCUACUGGUGCUCAGUAAGUGACACACAGACUGAAUCUCCACUGCAGAGUCUCAAGCUAAACUCUCCACGACACAGAGACACUCAAACCCUUUGCACGCAUGCAUGAGAUAGGAGAGAUUUUGAUGCAACAUAGACAUUUUCUCCCCCAAAAAGCAGAGGGCCAAAAGCCCUCCUUGAGGCUCUUUGUGCCUUAUAGUAUCUGUGGAUUGAGGAAGAGGGCAGGAUAUAGUGCCCAGCCCUGGAUAUAUAUAUUACUCCUACCCUUGCUUUGCUUUUCAGCAAUAGUCUAGUCUGAGACCACUGCCAAACUGAAAGCCUUUCCUCCAAAACAAACAGCAGAAGGACAACAUACAGCAGCCUGAUUGAAAUACACUGACUCUUCUCCGUAAGUCUUUGGCUAACAGGCCCCAGAUUUUAAUACAAAAAUGUUCCUUUGACCGGUAACAGCAUGUCAUAAGGAAAGCAGAAGUAUGCCCUUCUCUCUACUAGCAUCUCCCCCACCUUAGAACGUGUCUUUGACAACUACGGGUAGUGGUACUGAAGGCUGUCCUGUAGAGCUGCAUACCAAAGAGCCAAGGUCACUGAGGGGAGCAGCAGACUGCAUCCCAGUCGUGCAACACUGCCCCCUGGACAAGUAGAGGUAGCGGUGCCCACUGCUUCUACCAGCCCCAAGAGGUGGUGUCUUCUUUCUGCAGCCUAGUGCUCAGCCCCUUCCCCCUUGAGAAGCAGAGAGGAGGGAAGGGCAGGCAGGGAAAAAGGUAAGAUUGACUUGUCUGCUCAUGGCAAAACCCCACAAUGAACUCAGACUUAGCCUUGGGUCCCAUCAGCAAAAUCCAGAAAUGGUCUUGCACUGAACUGAUUCCUUGUUGAUAGCUGCUGGCUCUGCAGCUCCACAUCUGCUACUCAGAGCUUUCCCAAGGGUGUGUAGGUUCUGCAGCUGGUCAGACUAGGGCAUGUUUUUCAGCAUCCUUCUCCAUCUGGGAGGCGCUUCAUCUUCUCGCAUCGUGUGAGCUCCCAUCUUCCCUCCCCAUGAAGUUUCAAAAUCCAGCUGUGGAACUGCAAUUUAGAAACACAACAACUGAGAGGUCUCUGUAAGGGCAUGUCCACCUCUAUUAAGGUUCCCCAGCCUCACCCACUCCUCUCUGCUCAUCAGGGACCACUGCUGUCUGCCCUGUCUCACCACUAGCUGGGAGGCUUGUGCUACCUCUCCAUCUCACCUUUUCCAGGCUGGCUCUGUGUCCCACGCUGACCAGUGUCAUGCCCAGCUGAAGGCACAUACGGUACAGUUCAUGCUCCACCUCUUCUGUCAGGGCACUGGUGGCUUCAUCUAGCACUGAGAGAAAAGCUGUAAGCCCCACAAAGCUCAGUCCCUCCAGCCUGUAAUCUCUUCCCCACCCCAGGAAGGAGAGUAGCAGUUGCUGAGAACAUUGCACAUACUAACCAGAGCUCACCAACAACAACUGUAGAAGGUAAGUAAGGAGAAGCCUAAGGUCCUCUGUUUACCUCUGACAUAGCUGCUCUUAGCUAACUGGGAAAGCCAGCCUUCUCCACAAGCCUUCAAAUCCACCCACACAGUACAGUUCACCUCAUGCAUCUCCCUCAGUGGCUGCCAGCCACUGACUUAUCCCCUUGGUUGUGAAAGCCAAGACGUGACCUUCCCAGGUCCUGUGAGGGAAACGAUGUGGGCCACAGCCUCUGGCUGAACUGCAGCCUGUUCACUCCUCUGGCUAGGACCCUACAUGCAGGAGCCAGGACAGCCUGUGGCAGCUUCCUCCCAAGGAAAAAUACUAUAGACCUGGAGCAGAUAAAUUUAAUUUGUUUUACAUCAUUUCUACAACUGCUAGUUUUUGAUCCACGACUUCCUUCUGUCAGGACAGCACACAGCAGUACUGCAGACUUUAGGGGAAGAGAUAUACUUAAAUGUGGCUAAGUGCUCCUAACACUGGCUCUGGUUACUGGCACACACAUCUACCUUGGCCCAUAAGGCCUCCAGGCUGACUUCAGCAAUCUCUCUCCCCUGACCCUGCAGCAGUCACUAGCCAUCUAUGUGUGCAGAAGAAUUAGACCCAUCUACAAAGAGAAGCUGCUUUUGUGAUGUCUCAGAACUGCUUCUACCACUAUCUUCUUUUGCUGUGUUAUAACUAAAUUUCUCAGGGCAAAUUGUUUUCAGAACCCCACAGGGUUCACAAGUUUCAGAAGUGGCAGCUAACACCAUGCUCACUAGGAUGCAUGCUUCCUUACAUGGCAACCAGUGAGCAAGCUGAGGUGGUGCUGCUUCAGGUAUCAUCAGAGCUGGAUAAGGAACGCUAACUCCUAGCUGCAUAACAGCAGAAUGUUUUACACAGCCUCUUGAUUCACCUCCCUCCACACACACCACAAAAUGUUUUCACCUCUAAAUCCUCUGUGUGCUACUCUGCCUAAAAUCGUGAUGAAGACCAAGCAUGUUCCUGGCAAAGGAGAAAGGCAUUCAUGAGC